AUGGCAUGCGAGGGAAUCGGUUUAGGAAAUCAGGCUAUUUUGGCUAAGAUUGACAAGCUGAGAGAGUUGAACAUUGGUGCAACCAUCCCAUUGCCCCAGCUUCUCGUCGUCGGAGAUCAGUCGUCUGGGAAAAGUUCUGUGCUGGAAAGCCUUACAGGGUUCUCUUUCCCUCGCGCUCCUGGUCUCUGCACUCGCUAUGCGACUCAGAUUACAUGCUGUCGCGAGCCAGAAACGUCUAUCCGCAUCUCUAUCAUUCCUCGCCCCGGCGCAGAUGAAAUCCUCAGGGCUAAGCUUCUUGAAUUCAAGCGCCAAAUGUCGGGCAUGGAUGGCAAUGACUUUGCCCAGGUCUUCAAAGACGUUUGUGAUCUCUACAUUGCUCUCAUAUUGCCCACGCUGAUGAUACCGUUUCAGGCUAACGUUACGAUGGGCAUUCGAAUGGAUGCAACUCAGGAAAAUACUGGGCUUGCUGCGUUCAGUGAAGACAUCCUCAAGAUCGAGAUCAGUGGCCCUGACCAAGAGCAUCUAACGGUGAUUGAUGUCCCGGGAAUUUUCCGGGUUCCCACGCCAGGACUCACCGCAGAAAGCGAUAUUGUGCUCGUCGAGAGCAUGGUGAAGUCGUACAUGGCAAACAGUCGAACUAUCAUACUUGCAGUCAUAUCAUGCAGCGUUGACAUCGCUACUCAGGAGAUUCUCAAGCUUGCCGAAGUUGCUGAUCCUGACGGUGUGCGAACAAUGGGGGUUCUUACAAAGCCGGAUCUCGUUACCGAAAUAGUUACCCAAGGUGUGAUUAUUGACCUGGUUCUCGGAAAGCGCAGUACCCUCAAACUUGGAUACUACAUUGUCAAGAAUCGUAGCGCAGACGACAAUAUCUCCUCACUUUCCGAGCGUGCCGCUGCCGAAAAGGCGUUUUUCAUGGCACCUACUUGGUUGCCGAUCAGGGACCGCUGCGGCACAACGUCUCUCAAGCUCAGGCUCCGAGAACUACUUUUCCAAAUUUCGAAGCAAGAAAUUCCCCAUGUGAAGUUGGACAUCGAGCAGCGUUUGCGUCAGAGCAGGGCAGAUCUAGAAGCAAUGGGGCCUUCCCGAUCCGACCCGAGUUCGCAGAGGAUGUAUCUGGGUAAGCUGGCCUCCAGGUUCUUGGCCGUCACUCAGUCUGCUUUGAACGGUUACUACGCCGGCGAUAAGAUAUUUGGCAGGCUGCCUCAACUAAAACUUAUAACGAAGAUUAUGAAGCUCAAUGAGGUCUUCUCAAACAUUUUCUGGAAACGCGGUCACAAGCAGCAUUUCGGGCCUACGUGGGAUGACGAGGGUGAGAAUUCAUUUGGACGCACCAUCGAUCAGCUUCCCUUUGAGAUCGACCUCGCCAGAUACCCCGAGCUCGAAGGUGUAAUCCGUACGGAUGGCUAUCAAUGCCCCAAGCCCUUGAAGGGUCCCAUCAUGAGUCACAUCGAGGAGGUCUUUGAGUCAAGCCGUGGACCUGAACUUGGAACAUUCGGCGGAACGAUUCUUGCUACGGUCUUUGAAGAGCAAUCGGAGAAGUGGGAGCAACUCGUGAUGUCUCAUGCGAGCAAUGCCAUUGCCCUGGUCCACGAUUACAUUUUCCAGCUCCUUACUGAAUUGUGCCCAGAAAAGCAGGUAAGGGACAAUCUAUGGGAUGCUAUUUUACUUGAAAGGCUGGUGGACUCGUACCAGCGGGCGAUGAGCCACUCGCGGUUCCUUCUAGAUAUCGAGAGGGGAGGUAUGCCGAACACUUUCAACCAUUACUUCAAUGCAAACCUUCAGAAGAAGCGGUGCGAGCGCAUGACCAAAACUUUCAGCGCUAUGGCUGUACACUCACCCUGGAAUGAUGAGAAGGAGCGAUAUGUGCCUAUGAGUAAAGUUGGUCAGCAUGCUGUUGACAAGGAUAACGGGCAGCAAGUGUGUGAGGAUAUCCUCGACACACUAACGAGCUAUUACAAGGUAUCACGCAAGCGCUUCGUCGACGUCAUUUGUCAGCAAGUAAUUUUUCACCUUCUGCUCGAAGGGAGCAACAGUCCGCUGAAAGUUUUUGACUCGGAGCUGGUCAUGAAUCUCAACCACGACAAACUGGAGCAGAUCGCGGGGGAAGACGCGGAAUCGAAACAUCAGCGGCAGGCCCUAAAAAAGGAGGUGAAAAGCUUCGAGGAGGCUUUGAAGAUUUUGCGAUCUUGA